ACGAUUCUUCCCCCACUUCUCAAGGCCGGUGGGAAACGUUUGACUAAAGCCCCCCUAUCUCAUUUCAUUUCUUAGAUCGGGCUUUUCGAUCGAGGUUCCAUGGCCGCUUCUUCUUCCUCUGCAUCUGUCGGUCGUUGGAACUACGAUGUCUUCAUCAGUUUUAGAGGCGAUGACACUCGCAAGAACUUUGUCGGCCAUCUCUACAAAGCUCUCCGUCAGAAAGCAAUCAACACCUUCAUCGAUUCCGACGAGCUUCGAACAGGAAACGACCCUUCAGAGCUUCUGGAAGCCAUCGCCGACUCGAGGCUUUCCGUUGUGGUGUUCUCCAAACACUAUGCUUCUUCCAAGUGGUGCCUCAAAGAGCUGGUCAAGAUCGUGGAGUGCAUGAAAACGAUGAAGCAAAUUGUGGUGCCCGUUUUCUACGAACUUGAUGCUUCUGAUAUUCGGAAACCCAAAGCGAGUUUUGAGCAAGCUUUUGCUGAACAUACGCAUGUGGAAGAGGUGCAGAGGUGGAAGUCUGCUCUAGUUGAGGCCUCCAAUUUAUCUGGCUGGGAUUCAAUAAAUUAUGAGGAUGACGCCAAGCUUAUUGAGAAAAUAGUCGGUGAUAUUUCUAAAAGAUUGAUCCGCGUCUCAUCCAGUAAAGACAAUGUUUUGGUUGGAAUGGAUAAACACAUUGCAGAAAUAGAUGUACUAUUGUGUCUUGGGGUGGAUGAUGUUCGUGGUAUUGGAAUAUUCGGAAUGUCUGGUAUAGGUAAAACAACCAUAGCUCGAGCUGUUUAUGAUGAAAUCACUUGUCAGUUUGAACACUAUUGCUUUCUUGAAAAUGUCAAAGAUGGUUUCAAGAAUAAAGGUGCGGUACGUAUGCAGGAAGAACUUCUAUCUAGAAUCCUGAAGAAAAAGGUGUGUACCUUAGGUAAUUUGAAUACAGGCUUCAAGAUGGUUAUGGAAAGGCUGAAUAAGAAAAGAGUUUUGCUUGUGCUUGAUGAUGUGGAAAAUUUUGCCCAAAUUGAAGCCUUACUCGGAAAGCAAUGUUCAUUUGGUGGUGGAAGUAGAAUAAUUAUAACAACUAGAGAUAUGCAAUCACUAAGUGGAGUGCAGGAGAGAUAUAGUCCCAAAUUUUUAAGUGAUGAUGAAGAUCUUGAGCUUUUUAUGCAGUAUGCCUUCAGAUCACACCAACCUGCGGGAGAGUACGAUUCUCUCUCAAGGCGUGCCAUAGAAUAUGCUCAAGGUCUGCCUUUAGCACUUAAAGUCUUGGGGGCUUUUCUUGAUAGCAAAAGUGAAUGCGAGUGGGAAGAUGAGCUAGAAAAAUUAAAGAAAAUCCCACACAUAGAAAUUCAGGGUGUGCUUAGAACAAGCUUUGAUGGACUAGAUCCUUUACAAAAAGAUAUAUUUCUAGAUAUUGCAUGCUUCUUCAGAGGAAUGGACAAAGGAUAUGUAACAAAAGUUCUGGAAAGUUGUGGCUUUUACCCCCAUAGUGGAUUACGAGUACUACUCGAUAGAGCUCUCAUCACGAUCUCAGAUGACAAUAGGCUCGAAAUGCAUGAUUUACUACAAGAAAUAGGUUGGGAAAUCGUCCGACGACAAUCAAUUAAAGAACCUGGGAAGCGCACUAGGUUGUGGGUUUUUGAAGAUGUCAAUCAUGUGUUCACUCAAAAUACGGCUACAGAUGCAGUUGAGGGCAUAAUGCUUGACUUGUCAAGAUCUAAAGAGGUAUACUUAAAUUCUGAAGCUUUUGUUAAGAUGACGAGGCUGAGACUGCUAAGAAUUAUCAGUGAUAACCAUUCACCUCAGGAUUUAUGUCAUCCAAGUGAUGUCUGUCAACAACAUCUGAGUGGGAACUUCAGGUUUCUUUCUAAUGAGUUGAGGAUUCUCCACUGGCAUGGAUUCCCCUCAAAGUCUUUGCCGUCCAAUUUUGAACCGACGAAUCUUGUUGAACUUGACAUGCAUUCUAGUCACAUUGAACAACUGUGGGAAGGAAUCAAGCCUCUGAAAAAGUUGACAAUUAUUAAUCUAAGUCACUCUCAAUACCUUAAGAAAAUCCCCGACUUCACUGAGGCGACAAAUAUGAAGAAACUAAUUCUUGAUGGUUGUUCAAGUUUAUUGGAGGUUCAUCCGUCAAUUUCAGCUCUUAAAAACCUUGUUGUCAUGAGUCUAAAAGGGUGCAAAGCAGUUAAGAAUCUUCCGGAUAGCAUUUACAUGAAAUCUCUUAAAACCCUUGAUCUUUCUGGCUGCUCAAAUCUUAAGAUGUUUCCAGAGAUCUCAGGAAUUAUGGAUGACCUAUCGGAGCUUUAUUUAAAUGAGACUGCAAUUGAAGAACUACCGUCAUCGAUUGAACAGCUUCAGGGGCUAGUGUUAUUGAAUAUGGCAGACUGCAGAAGCCUUGUCUGUCUUCCAGACAAUAUCUGUAAUUUGGCAUACCUUACAAAUCUCGCUCUCUCUGGGUGCUCAAAACUUAAUCGUUUGCCUGAGAACUUGGGGAAUUUAGAAUCCUUGAUGGUCCUUGAAAUAGAAAGAAGUGGUAUAAAAGAACUCCCUUUUUCGAUCUUACAUGUGAAUAAGCUCAAAAGAUUAUCAUGUGAUGGAUGUAAAGAAAUGAUGGCACCCCUUUCAUCAUGGUCAUCAUCAAUCAAAGGAUAUUAUACUUACUCUGGUAUGCUACAUCUUGAUUUAAGUGACUGCAAUCUGAUGGUAUUAUCAGAUGGUAUUGCUCAUUUGUCCUCAUUAAGAACGUUAGAGCUGCGCAGAAACAACUUGGAGAGCUUACCUGCAGCAAUGAAUCGACUUCGUUGUUUAUCACAUCUUGAAUUAGAAGCGUGCAAGAAACUGAAAUCAAUACCUGAGCUUUCAUCAAGUAUUAGUUACAUAGAUGCACAUGAUUGCACAGCUUUGGAAACAGUUUCAACACCAAAGCCUCGCUCUUCUACAAAUCUCUGCUUCACAUUUUCAAAUUGUCUCCAGCUGAUACAAACAAAUCUAUUCAGGGAUAUUGUGGAAACUCAUUCACAUUAUCAGGGUAGCUAUCUACGACCUCUUUCCUUUAGUAUGUCACUUCCUGGAAGUGAAAUUCCUCAUUGGUUCAACCAUCAGAGUAAGGGAUUCUCAGUGACUGUGCAGCUACCACAGAAUUGGUUCGAUGAUAAGUUUUUGGGAUUUGCUAUAUGCGGUGUUAGUAACUUCAAGGGUGCUCAUAAUGAUGCAUCCGAUCUAUCUGCUGUUUGUUUUUGUACCUUCAAAGGAAAUCAUGGUGAGUACAAGUUCAGUUUUCAUUUGCUUGAUUGGGGUUUCAGAACAAACAGAUACCUCCAGUCGGAUCACAUGUUCAUGGGAUAUGUGCCAUGGUCACAAUAUCGCUUCAGUGAUGAAGGGAAGCAGGGCAAUGAACGCUACUACACUGAAGUCACAUUUGAGAUUGUGGUAGAAAAUGGAGUCUAUGCACAUGAUGAUUACAGGACAGUAAUACGACGACAUUGCAUCACAAGUUGCGGAGUGCGUUUGUUUCAUGGUAAUUAUAUGGGACUGCAAAAUCUAAGCAUCACUCAGCCUAAUUCUCAUCAUGAUGGCUGUGAAAUCCCAUUGGACACUGUGAGGAAGAGAAAGAGAGAUAUAGCAGGGGUGACAUUGCAGUGGGAGUGGCCUCCCGCAGAAGAGGUGUUCACUGAGCAAGAGCAAGAAGGAUCCCCAUCAAGGGAAGGGUCCCUGGCGGGGGAAGGGUCCUCCGCGGGCAAGAGGUCCUCGGCGGGGGAAGGGGUUCCUUCUAUUCUUACUGCAGUAGCAACAGUAGAAAGUGGUGCCAAUGAACGUGAUGGUCCAACUAUCCCUAAUCGUACUAACAGAAGAAGGCGCACAAAUUUGCGAAAUUCGGCAACGUGGAUCCGAGAUACAAAUCAACUUAUUGAUGACGGCCAUGCUUGGAGAAAGUAUGGCCAAAAGGAGAUACUUGGAUCCAGAUAUCCCAGAAACUAUUACAGAUGCACUUAUCGAAUGGAUCAAGGCUGUAUGGCCACUAAGCACGUGCAACGCAUCAGUGACGAGCCAGUAUUAUAUAGAACUACUUACAGAGGAAAUCACACAUGCAGACCCGUCUCCAGCAUACAGGACAUAGAAGAGUUCUAUUUCGCAUAUUAAGUCCGGUCAGUUUGGAAGAGGUAUGUAUAUGUGGUACACUUGUUACCUCUGGUUUUGCUUUUGCUGCUGCUGGUUUUGAACUUUGUUUUUUUGCUUGUGCAGAAACUGUUAAAAUAUUGGUAUGUCAAUGGCAUUGAACACUACAAACUCACUUGCGCUGUUAUUGACACUCGCCAUUUAACCGUCGUAUUAUCUCUAAUAUACUGUCUCUCUGCACAGAUCAGAUAAGAGGAAAGCAGGAUACAAAAAGGGAGUCCUUGCAACAUAUGGAUGGUGGAAUGUUUUCUCAUAUGAAGAGAAGCAAACCAAGAUGAGUGCUUGAUGCUAGCUGAAGGUGGAAUUUGGGAUGCCCUAUCCAGUGGCAUGGUGGCUAUAACGUGCUUCUUUCAUCCGAGCAAUGAAAUGUUUUUCUCUUCUAACAGCAACCUCGCAGCUCUGCAACAUUCUGCUGCCUCGCAUUGGGGCAAGGAAGUGCCAUUUAAGUGUGUAAUAGACACUGUAGAGGCGAUAUUGAAAUGACGAACAUUGACAUGUGGAUUUGCAAAGCAUUUUAUAUCAUGAAUAUUACUUUGAAAGAAGUAAAACAGAGUUAGUCUGGACAAGUCCACAGGGUUGACAUGUACUGUAAAUCACUAUGCAAAAGCUUUAUAAAUUGCAUUUCUGAGAUUCUCAAAGCA